AUGGCGAGUCAACCGCCUUCGCUCGACGCGAUGGCGCGGGCUGAGGCUGCUGCCGAAGCAAGCGGCAAUGGGACCCCGGUGCCCCCUUCCCAGGAAGUCGAGGAGAACCAGGACUCUCGGUCGACCUCGUCCGCAAGCUCUCCCCAGCCGGCCGAGUACGAGGAGUCCGAUUUCUAUCACAACGGUAACGACUCCGAGUCCUCCCUGGGAGUCCCCAACCUGCAAGACAUGCAGGUGACCGAUGAAUACGAAUGCCUCAGUUCCGUGCAGCGCCUGCCCAACGAAAUCCUCAUCCAGAUCUUCUCAAAGCUCUCUGCUGCCUCCGACCUGCGCCAUGUCAUGCUCACAUGCAAGCGAUGGUCCAGGAAUGCCGUCGACCUGCUCUGGCACCGCCCGGCUUGCACCUCGUGGCACAAGCACACUAUGAUCUGCAGCACCCUCAGCCUCCCCCAGCCUUACUACGCCUAUGCUGAUUUCAUCAAACGCCUUAACCUGGCCUCGCUCGCCGAUGCAGUUAAUGACGGCAGCGUCAUGGCCCUGGCUGUCUGCAACCGCGUCGAGAGGCUGACCCUCACCAACUGCAAGGGCCUGACCGAUGGCGGUCUGAUCCCGCUCGUCACAAACAGCUCUCACCUCAUGGCCCUGGACAUCUCGGGCGACGAGGAGAUCACCGAGGAGUCUAUCAAGGUCAUUGCCGAGCACUGCAAGCGCCUGCAGGGCCUCAACAUAUCCAACUGCACUAAGAUCUCCAAUGAGUCUCUGGUCCUCCUCGCCCAGAAUUGCAGGUACCUGAAGAGGCUCAAAUUGAACGACUGCGGCCAGAUGUCCGACGAGGCCGUGCUUGCCUUUGCCGAGCACUGCCCCAACAUCCUUGAGAUUGACCUGCAUCAGUGCAAGCUGGUUGGCAACGCUCCCGUCACCAACCUCCUCGCAAAGGGCAACUCUCUCCGAGAGCUCCGCCUGGCAAUGUGUGAGCUCGUGGACGACAGCGCCUUCCUCUCCCUACCGCCAGGGAUGGUCUUUGACCACCUUCGCAUCCUCGACCUGACGUCCUGUGCCAGGGUCACCGACCGUGCUGUUGAGAAGAUUAUUGAUGCCGCCCCUCGUCUUCGAAACCUCGUUCUCGCAAAAUGUCGCAACAUCACCGACCAAGCCGUCUUCUCCAUCUCGAAGCUCGGCAAGAACUUGCAUUAUGUCCACCUCGGCCACUGCGUGAACCUGACCGACGAGGCUGUCAAGCGUCUGGUCCACUUCUGCAAUCGCAUCAGGUAUAUUGACCUGGGCUGUUGCCUGAAUCUCACGGAUGAAUCUGUCACCAGACUGGCUGUCCUCCCAAAGCUCAAGAGGAUUGGUCUCGUGAAAUGCAGUAACAUCACCGAUGUGUCCGUUUAUGCGCUUGCCAAGGCCAAUCAAAGACUCCGCCAACGCCGGGACGCAGAUGGGAGGAACAUAGGAGAACCUUACUCGAGCGGCAGCAGCCUUGAACGAGUACAUUUGAGCUACUGUACGCAGCUUACACUCAAGAGCAUCAUCAAGCUUCUCAAUUCUUGUCCGAGGUUGACACAUCUCAGUCUCACGGGCGUACAGGCUUUCCUGAGGCAGGAUCUCGAACAGUUCUGUCGCGACGCGCCACCAGAGUUCACAGAUCACCAGCGCAACGUGUUCUGCGUCUUCUCUGGCCAGGGCGUGUCCAACCUGCGCCGUCAUCUUAACACCGACUCGGCAUUCGCCCACCUCCGCGACGGGACACCAACAGGGUUCCCGCGCCACGCCCAAGUUGCAGCCAACUAUCCACCUUUUGCGCCCACAGGGCAUGCCCACCCCGAUGCAGGCUUUGACGAGCAAGAAGGAGACGUAGUUGACGACGACGACGGACUUGAUGACGGGACUGAGAUGGUGAUUGACGCAGCACCUCUGGUCGGGCCAAACACAGGUGUAUCCGGCGCAAGCCUGGACGCCAGCAUCAUCCCGCCGCCUCCUCCAGCACCAUCACAGGUCCCGUCGAUGAUGUGGCAACCUCAAAAUCAACCUUGGGCAGCAGGACUCGCACUUACAAACGGCACCCAGCCGGCAGCAGCGGCAGUGGGACAAGGUCCUGGAUACCAAGGCCCAGAAGCGACUGACGCGAUGGACAUGAGCCCUGCCCGGCCGAGCGCCAGCACUGCUCCACUUCGACUAGAUGGUCUCACUGGUGCUGUACACCUUAGAGACCAAGUGGAUGGCAGUGACAACGGUGGCGGAUCAAGUCGCAGUAGUCCUGCCGCGCCAUAA